GAGGCCGUGGAGAAGGUGAAGAGUGGCUUUAUCGACCUCCCAAAGGAGAAGGUGGACGGGAAGGAGCAGGUGGAGAACCUAGAGCUUGGAUUCAUCCAGCUCUCUGGAGCGACAGAUGGCAUGAGUGAGCGGGAGGCCACGGCACGGGCACGGGCAGCUGCAGGGCCGUUGGAGGGGCCCCAGCGUCUGAGCCCUGUCCUCUUGCAGGAGAGAGGAGAUGAACGUAGGGCACGAAACAUUUCUGCAGGGGUGGGGGUGGGUGUGAGCACAGGCUCUGAUGUGGUAGCUGAGCACACCUCCCUUCAGGUGAAGCUGCUGGAGCUGCAGGAGCUGGUGUUGCCACUUGUGGGUGACCACGAGGGGCAUGACGAAUUCCUCCCCACUGCCCAGAACCCUGCUGAUGAGCCCGCUCCAGGGGCCCCAGCCCCCCAGGAACUUGGGGCUGCCCAUGAGCAGGGUGAUUUUUAUGAGGUGAGCCUGGCCGACAGCGUGGAGCCUGCACCAGGAGAGGCCAGGGAGGGUUCUCCCCAUGACAACCCCACUGCACAGAAGAUCCUGCAGCUGCUUCCUGUAACGCAGGACGCCCAGGAGCACCCAGGCUUUGCCACCAAACCCUGCGUGCCAUUCUUUUACCGGGCAGCCGAGAACAGGGAGAAAAACAUCAUCAUCAUCUGAAGGGUGGUCAAAAAAUUUAAAAAAAAAAAAAAAAAAAAAACAGUUAUGGGGUUAAUCCCCUACACAAUUCAUCUACUUCAUUGGAAUGUUAGAGCCCCUCAUGUUUAUUUAUGUUUCAAUUUACAGUUUAAAUUUAUUUAUAAAAAGUUAAGGGAGAGUGGGUCUUUCCCUGAUGUUCACUCUGUCAUCCUUUAGCAUUUUUGUUUUUAAUUGAUAAUUGUAGGUCAUUAGCUCACAUAUGGAGUUUGCCCUUACAUGGUGGGAGUUCAAACACUCAAAGACCCACUAUUUGCACAAAACUAUUCUUACUGGUUUGGAAUAGGCUGCCAUGCUUUUUAAAUAUUAUUGCAGCAUGUAUAUUCAUUACGGAAUUCAGAUAAAAUUGGCUUAUGUUCUGCUAUUAUGUUUCAUCGAAUCCUAAUCACAGUGAGCUCUUCAUUAGCUCAGUAUGUGGUUUGCCCUCAAGUGCGCACUGUUUCUUACUUUGUAAUAUGCCGAGAGUACUGACAUUUAGAAUUGUUUAAAGGCCAAGAACUGGAAACAGUCUUUCCCCUAUUUUCUGUGUAUUGGGGAUGGGAGUAAUAACAUUUUGGGGAGCUUUUUAAAUCUCACAGAAGAGGAAAGUGGCCUACUCUGGCAGGUGUGUGCAGGAUAGAGUGUUUGCCAUUUGUUCUGGUGCCAGGAAUGAGUGCGGUACUAUGGUAGUCCCCUUAGGAUUUGUACGUGCUCUGGGCUCAUGAAGAUAUUGCAGCAUGAGCUGCAGCAGUUGGACUCUUUCUCAAUGACCUAAAAAGGGAUUCUUUCUGAGGAAUGAAAGGCUCCCAUUAUUGACUGUGGAUGUGGAAAACCUUUCCCAGCCUAGAGCAUUUAUAUCUACAAUACAUUUUAAAGUCAGAGUUCAUGUUACCUGUUUUAAUCACAUGUACACAAUAGGUACACAAUAGGGCACUGUUUGGCAUUCUUCUUAAUGUAUUUAGUAAAGAUCACAAGAAAUCCUUUCAGAGUUUAAAUAUCCCUGGAACAGGCAUACAGGCUCUGGUCAAGAAUGAGUUUGAGUGAUACCUGGCAUUCCUCUAUGUUCACGGAGCUUCCUUGAGGCUAGAAGAUUGAUUUUACCAUCUAGACCUCUCUGGCUAAUACCUAUUCUUCAGCCACAUUGGUUAAUCUGACAUAGGAAUUUACUUCUUUUCCUUGAAUGGAAAACACUUUAAAACUAAUAACAACCAUUAUUAUAAACCAAUAUAUGUGACAGUACUUAGUUGAAACAAAAAGGAGUUUUAGUAGACAGUAUUAUACUACAUUUGAAAAUCAAGGUGAAGUUUAUGCAACUUAAAAUGUUUACAAACUGCAGUGCAAUCUACUGUUGGUGAAUGUCACAAUAUUGUGAGUAAAAGUGUCUAUACAAUCACAGAGUUAUAUUUCCUCACAAAGUUCUUUACAAAGAGUGAAAUAUGUUUUUAUACCUCUCGGUUUCAGUUAGAGGCAUAUUUUGUGCCACAUUUAUGUUAAUGUGCCUAUACAUGAUGAAUGAAUUAUUUCAGUCAUACAUUGCCUGAAUCAUAACUUCAUGAUGCUUGGGAAAGAAUCAACAGUUAAAACUUCAUGAAGUUCUAAUGUCUAUGUUCCAAUAUACAUCACAGUAUUAGGAUGUAGGGAGAGAUGUAUGUGCGCUCCCUGGGGUGGGCAUUUCUAGUUACUAGGCCAUCUCCAUUUUUAGCAUUUGACAUCCUCAUCAUACUUUUAUAAAUAUGACAUUAAUAGGAGAGCAAUAAUAUGAUUUUACAGAUGGAAUAACAGAUUUUCCUGCAUUCACUGAAAAAGUGCAAAUAUUGGGUCCUUGUGACUUCAACUGACUCUUCCAAAUUGUAUGAAUUUAUCAAUGUAUUAGAUAAACCCAGUUUCAGAAUGAUAAAGAAAAACUGUUAGACCAAA